AACCUCCUUGGUGUUUGUAUCAAGCGAGAUCGUAUCCUUGUCAUUCUGGAAUAUGCACCACAUGGGAGUUUACAAAAGUUCUUACGAGACCAGCGAGAUGUUUAUGAAGCAACCUGGACUACGACUGCGAGUGACCCAGAGAUAGGAUUGAAUAUAUCAAAUCUUGUAAGCUACUCUUACCAAAUAUCCCGUGGAAUGGAAUACCUGGCGUCUAAAAGGGUAAUGUAGUAAUGUUGUCCGGUUCAAGGAUUCCCACAUUUCUGAAGAUAAUUCAGUUCUAACAAGAGCUGUAGUGGCUCUUGGUUGUAAUGGACCUUUUUGGCUUAUGUUUUAUUUUCCCAUUUCACACCACGUGAUGUUCUCAAAGCAAUUUGCGUUUUGUCUUUUCAUAAAACAUACAUACAUAUGCUUGUGGAUACACGAGCAAAGGACAACUUUUGAAAGGAACGGUUCUCUGGGGUAACAUCAAGUGGUCUGAAAAGGGAAGACAAAACAUACAAGCUAAAAGGGUCUAUUCUCCAGCACUUGCUUAUUUUCUCCGUUUGGCUUCAAGGACUUUUUGUCAUGAUUUAAAUCGUUCAUUCGACUCUAAAUCUGCGCCUAUUUGUUUGUUUUUCGCGUUUAACAGAGUAUGACUACUUGAACCGGGGCGCUUGAAAGAUUAUUAUCCAAUCAAAUCGUUUGAACUUACCGUUUUUUUGUUUGGAGAACAAGAGAUUCUCUGUUAGUGUAAACGGACCCAAAAAAUUCAAUGUGCAACUAUGAAACUGUUGAUAACUUAAAAAACCGUUUGAACUUACCUGACUUCUCAGGAAUUAGCCCUCAAAUUUAAUGAGAAUCGUUUGUUUUCAAAAACCGCCAUGAUUAUUAUGAUUUGUGUUUGGAUAAUCUAUUUCCAAAAGCCCAGUUUCGAGGAUUCGCACUGUAAGAGUUUAUUAUGAGUAAUAAGUGGUAAAAAGUAAAGUAACUCAGAGAGAGGAGACCUCAGUAGCCAAAAGCUCGCGCAAAGGAUUAGAAAAAGCGGCAUGUAGGAGAAAAGGUUACGGGAACUCAGAAGCGUGUGCAACAGCUGUGACAUUAAAUCAGCCAUGAACUGGGAGCGAAAGAAGGGAAGACGUAAGCGUCUGUAGCGUUGGUUUCUCACUGACAAUUCAGCGUUCGAGAGUAAGUGAAGAGCAUUGUUUAAUAAUGUGCAGUCUUUAUUUACUUUUACUUUCUGUAGCGUGUACACUUCUCUGUUGGUAUAAAAAUUGUUUUUUCCUGUUUUUCCUGUGAUUAUUAUUAUUAUUAUUAUUAUUACUUUUUUAAAAUAGCAAAAAUCUUUAUUAACAUAUGACCAAUUUACAUUCCACUAUCAUAGACUAAAAUUUUGAUGAAAUAAAGAUAUUAAAACUAAGAUCAUAAAACACUAAUUUACAAGCUCACCCCAUUAACGACUUUCUAAAAUUAGCGGACUUAUUAUUAUUAUUAUUAUUAUUAUUAUCUCCUUCUUGUUUCUGAUUUCUUGAUUUUGCAUUUCUUUUUUCAAAACAUAUGUGUUUCAUCUAGUGUGUUCACCGACACUUGGCGACCAGAAACGUUCUUGUCGGAGAAGACUACGUCAUGAAGAUCGCUGACUUUGGUCUCGCUCGAGAUAUUUACAAGAGUGAGUUAUAUGUGAGGACAAGCAGUGGUGUUUUGCCAAUCAAGUGGAUGGCGAUAGAAUCAUUGCUUUCCAGGGAGUACUCAGAGAAAAGUGAUGUGUAAGUACAAAUGACAUUUAAAAUAAAUAAAUGAAGGGAGAAUAUGAAAAUAUGCGGGGAUCGUACUCAAGGAUGACAACUUUAUAAUUAAUGCGUAACUAGGCGUUCAAAUUAAAAAGAAGCUGGCCUUUUGAUUACUGCAAUUAAGUUAAACUUGCCAUAACAUAGUUUAGUAGGCGCUCUCCGAUUGGCUGAGAAGUAUGUUUGCAUGCGAGUAACACAGUUAAAGGGACUGGUUCAUGAUAAUGCGCAUGUGUGAGUUCUGACAGUAGCUGAUUGUUUUUCAACCAAUCGGAAGCGAGUUAGAUGCACGCAAGUAAAUUUACAAAAUUCAAAUUUAAAAUUGUUCGCGACGCGAGAGCAUUUCCGGGCAUUUGGUUUGAUUUUAUUUAUCCCCAUAAUUCAAGUUUAUUCUUUGAAAAUCCUCAGAUAUAUGUUGCAGCCGAUAAGAAUAAAAUUUACAGCCCUGUCCUGCUUUGAAACAAACAUUUACCAACGUGUAUUUUUACGAGGUCGAACCCACGUUAACAAAGCAGUCACCGAUCGGCAAACAAAAUUUAUAAACAAACAUCUUAUUACUGUUCUCUCAGUUCGCCUUAUAUAAACCCAGAAAUACCUACAAAUAGCGUCUGACCGGUGACAAAAAUACACAACGUAUGAGUAUAAAGAUUAUCCUUAAUUGAGCAUAAAUUUCAAUUGCUUAUCAGCAAAUGAACAAAUUCAUUCGCGUUGCAUCGGGUCAGUGUUCCGCAAAACAAAUGUUAUCGAGUAACACACAUAAAGAAACUAGAUUAUAAACAGAAUAUUCAGGCAAUAAUUUAUUUUAAAAACAUCAAUUCUUAAACAUAUACGGUCGUAAAGCAAAGAUACAAGGAACAUUUCAAGUGUACCAGAUCGGUGAAGAUCGCGCGGCCUGUUGCGGUAUAACUACAGGUCGGAGUCAAAAAUCAAAUCAAAGUUGAACGAACUCAUGCCUUUAACCACUUUCCAAGUGUCGUGUAUCCUAUUCGUAAGCCACACGCUACUCCUAGAACCAUACCAGAUCGAUAGGCUAAGCUUCUCUAUCUCCAAAGACUCUAGAGAACGUCCUGUUGCCGGACGGCCACGAUGCUCUUCUCAACCUCCAUGAUCAAAACAUUAUUUUUUGCGUCUUCUUAAAACGUAACCAGUCAAACGACACAAUCACACGUUAAUCACCACUACCGAAGUAUAACUAGACCAGCCAAAGCGACGGAUGCCCGAAUAAAACGAAGGAUUUUCAAUGAUUGUACCGGUAAUGGCGAUUUCGAAUGUAGUGUUGACCCAACAAAUUUAUUCGUGAAGAGACACACGGCGCGCAUGCGCAUUAUCGUGAACCAGUCCCUUUAAACGCAACCACGCAACCAUGGUUUGAAAAACUCGACAAGUUUACUUUAUUAACCCAUAACUUAGACGCAUUGGAACUUGAAAAAUCUUUAAAAACAUGCUAUAUCAAAGUUUUUAAGCUCAAGACGACAUUUUAAGGGAGAACAAUCCGUCCUUUAAAAUAUCACCUUUUUUAACAAAUAAAGAAGCCUUGACUGUGCUGUAAGAACACGAAAGAAGUGUAGGGGGGAACACGAGAUGUAGUCGAGUGUUUCUCUCUCUACUUCUUGAGUAGUACAACAGAAUAGAGCUCAGUCAAGACUUCUUUAUUUGUUUUAUGAAUAUAAAGAAUCCGUUAAAUUCCCCACACAUUCCUUUUUAAUUUUCAAAACAAUCUUUAUUAUUUUUUAAAAAGCAAAAGAGUGUCGUCAGCAUGUUUUAUACUCUCAUAAAGCACGCUUUUGCAACAAGUCAGAACGCACGUUAUAUCUGAACUUUAUUAUAAAUGCAAAACAAAAACGUACUGAUUACACGUACAAAACUUCGUGUAGAUACAACACUUCGCGACUAGUAAGAACUGCUCUUUUCAUCAGCGCCAUAAACAAAGAGCUAGGAAGUAACUUUUUCUCGGGGAAAGUUGCCGCUAUGAAAGCACCUUAGCAGAAAACUGUUUUUCUGUGGUUUACAAUUUGUACGAAUUCUCUUAAAUUCUCCCAACAACCGAAUCUCGUGUUUAUAUCAGGGCAUGUAAACACAGCAGAUAACGUUUUCCAUUUUUUAUAAAUAGUACUCGAAAGAAAAAGAAUACUACUGAUAACGAUUCUUGAAUGUAGAGCUUCAUAUGCAAGCCAUGUAAGUUUUUAUUCCAAUAAUUCCCUUGUAGUGGAGUUAAUAGCAGCUUACCAUCUGUUUCCUCGAGUCCACAGUUUAGCUUAAACAGCUUAUAGAGCUUUAUUGACACCCUUUUGGUUUGGAAUGACCCAGGCUGUGAUGACCCUUCGAGUGUGUAUGUUUUGAACCUUGAUAUUUAAUAAUGCAGAUGGUCGUUUGGUAUUUGCUUGUGGGAGAUCUUUACACUGGGCGGCACACCGUAUCCCACUAUACCCGUAGAAGAACUCCUAAACUUUCUCAAUGAUGGAAACCGUAUGGAAAAUCCCCGAGACUGCCCCUUGGAGAUCUACAAAAUUAUGCAAGAUUGCUGGCAGGAAGUACCCGACAAGCGACCUAAAUUUGAUCAAAUCAGCCAGUCGAUUGGUACAAUACUUGAGCAACGCGCUUCCCAGGUAAGGCCUUUUUUCUACUGUUUUUGAGGCAAAGGAGGAACUAAGAGAACUUAUCCUCUCUCUUGUCAGAACUUAUUGUACACCAGGUCUUUCAAAGGAAAAAAAUGAAGUUUAUUAAAAGGGUAUACUCUCUUGAGUGUAUAUAUCCUUUGUUCUGAUGGGGCGAGCGGGAAUUAAGCUUUGCAGGAAGAAUAUGAAGAGAUGACUUAUACUGUGUGCUCUUUAAAACAUUACCAUAUUUGCAAUGACAGUGGCGGAUUCAAAUCUCUAACUAAGUGGGGGACCCGCUCAUUUAGUGCCGUAGACUGCAGUUUGGCCUAUAAAGAAGGAGGAGCCCCGGGCGCCCAGGGCCCCUUGGCCCCUCCCGUAGAUCGGCCAUGGAAUGAUAUAACACGAUCUGCAUACUGUUUUUUUUAGACUGACGCAAUGCAGAUGCAAAGCUAUACAGAUUAUAAGAAUUUACGAUUCUAUAAGAUCAGAGAAUUUUGACUGCCAAUUCAAAGAAAGAUUAAUAUAAGGGAUGCGCAUCUUUUGCUGGUCAGGAGCCCAUAACCCGGAGUGAGCAACUUUCAUGCGCUUGUGUCACGACGUUUUCACGGACCAGUUUAUUUUUAGAACGGUUUCGGCGCGA